AUGGCACAUGGACGGAACCACAAACUUAUGAGGUGGAGGUUUGUCAUACAUGUUGCAAUAGAUGGGUUUAGCAGAUUAGUAACAUUUGCAGAAACACCAAGUAAUAAUGAAGCAAGAACUGUAUUAAAUCACUUGGUAUCUGCUGUGGAAACUUUUGGUUGGCCUUUACGAGUGCGAACGGACCGUGGAGGUGAGAAUACAGACGUGUGGAGAAACAUGGUCGCCGCAAACGGGGAGCAGAGUGGGAUUGUGGGAAGUUCAGUUCGGAACCAACGAGUUGAAAAGUUUAAUUUUGAUAUUAAUGCAAAUGUUACCAGACAAUUUGCUGCUAUUUUUCGUUAUCUUAAAUUUGAGGGGUGCUUGAGUGCUGCAAAUGAUACUGACUUGUUUUGCCUACAAUAUGUCUAUACUUCACGUACUAACAAAGUUCUACACGAGUUUAUUUCUGCACAUAAUCAUCACGUUAUAUCAACAGAAGGUUCAUGCACACCACGUCAACUUUUUCAUUCCCACAGGCACCUCACAGAGCUGCAUAGUUCAUUCUUUCACACAGAUCCCUAUCCAACACUCAAUGUUCAAGAUCUAUUGAAUAAUUAUGGUUCCCUGCCGCAUGUAGAA